AAUGAAAGAUUGUUGUGACCAUAGCAGAUCCCUAACUCCUCCCUUUACGCACCCAAACAUUUUUGUUAAUUCUCUUACCUCACGCUUCGUAUCUCUCUCUCUGGCACUUGAAUAAAUUGACGUAAAAGCCAUGGUUUAUCACCAUAAUCAUCAUCAUCAUCAUCACCAACCAAUGGAUGAAGGGCUUCUCCUUCAAAUGCUGAGGUUGGCAUGGCUGGCUGCCACAUUACCCAUCAUCAUCGCUUCCAUUCCCACUUCUAACCUCACUUGGCUCCGUCGCACCCUGAUCGGCUUCGCUAGGAGAGGCAAAAUCAUGCACUCCUCCCAAAAAUUCACCAUUCCGCAACGAUUCUUCUUGCACUUCUACGCUGUGGCUGUUGUGUGGACGACGUUGCUGCUUGUUGCGACUUGGGCUUAUGCGUACAGCAUGGUGCCGCUUGUUGCAGAGCCGUUUUCUUACUCCACUAUUACAAGCUUCUUGACUGGGGGCUCUACUAUAAGAACCGGUUCGGCUAAAUUGAGGAAGGGAUAUGUGGCUUGGCAAUCUGUUUUCAUGCUUCUGUUGAUGGAACUUCAAGUGCUUAGACGCCUUUAUGAGAGCAUUUACGUUUUUAACUACAGCCCUUCUGCUCGCAUGCAUGUCUUUGGUUAUCUCCUUGGAUAUUUUUUCUACAUAGCAGCACCACUCUCGCUGUGUGGCGAUUGUGCAGUAGAGGUCUUUAACUACCUAGGAAAUCUCCUGACCGAGUUCAUUGUCAAGGGCAAGAAUCAGAUGCAAGUAACAGAAUUAGAAUUCUGGCAAGUUGUGAAUCCUCUCUUCAGGCUUGGGUGGAAGCAUUGGAUUGGUGCAGCUGUUUUCAUAUGGGGUUGGAUUCAUCAACUUCAGUGCCAUAAGAUUCUUGGUUCUCUACGACAUUCAAGACAAGCAGAGGAAUAUGUAAUACCUCGUGGUGAUUGGUUUGAGAUCGUCUCCUCUCCACAUUAUCUCUCUGAAAUCGUUAUAUACGCUAGUUUUGUGGUCGCUACUGGAGGAACCAACCUAACAAUCUGGCUACUUUUUGUUUUUGUGGUAGCAAACCUAUCAUUUGCAGCUGUGGAAACACAUAGCUGGUAUCGUCAGAAAUUUGAAGAUUAUCCAAGUAAUCGGUUUGCUAUAAUUCCAUUCAUUCUGUGAGAUUGUGAGAUGAUGUGUAAUUAUCACAAUUGAUGGCAGCAAAUAGCUUCAUUAUUUCUGAAGGUAUACUUGUUUAAAUUAGUUAUUUUAGUUUAAAGAAGUUUCUACUCGAAAUAUCUAAGUUCUGGUUUUCUUUUUUGGGGUGUAAAAGUUCAACUUCAUAUCAAGUCUUGUUUUAUCUUA